CGCCGCUGUUCCCAAAGCCGGUCAGUCCCGGCUGGACCCCGCGGGGGCUGCUGCCGCUCCCGUGCGGGGACGGCUCCCACAGCGCCGGCUGAGCCCCGCGGCCACAGCGGGACAUCGCGGCCCCGCCCGCCGCCGGCGCCCCGGGACGAUGGAGCCGAACCCGGCCGGCCCCGCUCCUGAGGCGACGGGCCACGAUCUCUGCCCGCCGCCGGCCGUGACCUUGCGGAAGGGCUCGCUGCUCCCGAGCAUCACCGCCGCGCCCGGCCGGGCGGCUGCGGCAGCGCUCAGAGCGGGGGGCCCGCCGCCAGCUGUCCGGGUGCGGGUCACCGCAGGCAGCGCCGCCGGCCGCGCUCCCCAGCCCGACCCACAGAGCUCACUCAGAGCCAAGGCCUCUUCUGCUUUCCAUGAUACCACACUGCUGAGGAAGCUGGGGAUUCACAGGAGGUUGGAAGACACAGCCAGGACAACUGAUCAAAGGGAUAUUCCAGACCACAUGGCAUCACGCUCAGCACAUAAAAUGCAGGGAAGAAGAAGGAAAAGUGGGAUGGUUUGGAGCAAUGGAGGUUCCCAAGUAACAAUUACACAUAUGACCCCACUCUCCUGGAGAUAGCUGAACACUUGCUUGUCCACAGGAAACGGUGAAUUAAGUCCUUGCUUUGCUUUGCUUGUAUGGGUUUUGCUCUCCCUAUUAAAUGGUCUUUAUCACAAUCCAUGAGUUUUCUGGCUUUUACCCUUCUGAUUGUCUCCCAAGUCCUGCUGCUGAGGAGUGAGCUAGUGAUUGUGUGGGUCUUGGUAGCUGUCUGGGUUGAACCACAAUCCAGAGGCAAGGACAGUCACUGUUCUCACCACUGCCAUCCACAGCAAUGUUACAGGUUGUACCUUGAGAAUCCCUCAAAUUCACAUGCAGUUUUUCUCUUCAAAUUGAGAUGCAAAGAAUAUGAAAGUGGAAGUUAAGCUGCAGCUCUUCUGCUUACAGCAGGGCCCAGCCACCCUCUAAUCCACCCAGCAUUGAUGAGCUCUUGACUUCUGCUCAUUAUUCGCCCUCCCAUACUCUGCUCCAAUCUCCUGUAAGCCUACACCUAUUCCUUCCUCCUCUGGUUCAGUAGAUUCCAAUUUAUUUUUUUCCAGAGUAACAGAAAGGCUUCAGCAGAACAAUCUGUGGUGUGCAACCUUGCUAACUGACCAUUGUUUUCCUUUCCCAAUGGGGCAGGGGAUCAUCAAGCACUUUGGAAGCAGCUAAUGCUGGACAGCUGUCUGCUUUUCCCCAUCCUGCUGCUCCCUUUGAGGUAAUGCACAUGUUCAGCUCUUCCUGGUCUUUUGCCUAUGAACACAUCAGAAAUGAGCAGCAUAUCAGGGAUGAGGUAAGGUACUGCUGAAAUACACUUGACAGCUGGGAUGCACUGAACCCCUCUUUCACUUUUGGUGAGCCACAAAACGCAGAAAAUGGAGUAGAGCAUACGCAAUAAAAGGGUUACAUUCUGAAUGCAGCUGUACAGACCAAGGUGAGGUAUGUCUGCAUAAUGCAUGGUCUUUGUGAUACAUACUUAAUCCACUUCACCUAUUUGCCAGCUAUGGUGCACAGCAAGGCACAUACUGAGCUACAAAUCUCAUACUAAAGGCCAAAGAAACUGCCUGGGGUUGCACUGCUACUUUUUUCUCAUCACUUCUUGCUUCUCCUUAACACAUAUACUCAUCAUUUCUUAAGAGAUUUGAGCUUGUUACAGCAAGAACUUAUUCCAACCUCCUCCAGUCUCAUUACAGCACAUCAGAGAAUGUCAAAAUCCUGUAUUAGGCUUUAUUCUUUUAUAUAAACAUUAACAUUUCUCAAACAGAUUAGUUAAAAAUACAGAUUUAAACAAGAAUUUUUGCAAUUGCAAUGAGUUAUAAAAAACAACAGAUUAUUUUACAGAUUGUUACAAGUGCUUUACAAAGGUGCAGAGUGAAGGCCAGUGGCAGGGGACCAACCUCAAGUGCAAAAUGGACACGAUACCCUCACCGCGGGCAUAGCGCUCAGAUACACAGCCAAAAAAACAACAAACAAACCAAAAAACAGACAGACAAAAAAACCCCGAGCCAUGUGAACCUAUGCUCUUGGGAUGCUCACCGGGCAAGCAGACAUAAACCCCUAUGACAGAGAAGACUCAUGAGACCAAGCUACCAGGAUACUUAAGGUUACAUCUCUGAGAUCAGCCAUAAGAUGUUUUCUCUUGGAAAAUAAGGAACAUGUUUUAUAACAGUAUAUUUCUUUUCCGUCAGACAAAAUAUUGCUAUAAAUCCUAGAAUACUUAUGGAUGCGGAUACCUAAAACUUGAGCCAUAAAUCCAGCGUGGAUCUCACAAUGCCCAAAGUGAAGAAAGGAUACAAGACCCAAGUGUCCUUCUGAAGCAGUUGGCACUCCUCAUACAGGAGGGACCUCCAUAUCCCAUGAUCAUCACUGAAACUGUGGGCAAGUACCUUGGAAAGACUUUGGCAAAAGGAAGACAAUGCAAGCAGAUCUGAUUACACACAAUAUUCCUGCAGCCUGUGAUCUGAGAGUUGUACAGCCCACAGCUUAUGCAAUGCCCACAUAUUUCACUAAAUGCAGUGUGUCCUCUCUCCUUGGUCAAUACGUCUUCACACCCACCUUGGAACACAUACCACAUGCUCCAGAUUCCUGGAAGCUUUUGAGAUCCUUCCACCACACCCACCUUACCUAGGUACCAGGCCUACCCACCUAUCUUUCUUCUAUUCCACCCCUAAAGA